AAAUGAUGUGGCAUUGGAGUCGAUCGAAAUUUUUACAUGAAUAUUUAUAAUAAUUUUUGUGAGCUCUGGACGGUUUGGCCUGUUAAAUUCUACAGCGCGUGAUAGUUUUGCGCAGUUUUCACCGCGGCGAGCUUCGUACAGUUUCGGCCUCGUUUGAAUUGCCUUAACGUCACGGCCUUGGUAAUUUAGUAUAAGGAGGCACAGACUGUCCUGGACAUUGUCAAAGUACACUUCAACUGUUGAUUGCUAGUUUUAGCUUCGACCAUAUAAACCAGGGUUUAUUGAAGUAUUUUUUUUUCGUUCAGAGACAUCAUAAUGGAUUCGCACAUUUUACUGGUGUGCAUUUUACAUCUGCUGAAGUACGUAGACGGGUCUAGUGAUUCGGGAAUUGAAGCAUGUGGCGGGAAAGCGGCGGAUAUCAUGUUCGUUCUCGACACUUCCGGUAGCAUCAUCUAUGGUGACUUCAAGAAAGAGAUCAAUUUUACCAGAGAUGUCGUUUCCAUCUUUGAUGUCAACUCUAACAGAACGCGUGUAGGCGUCAUCAACUUCAGUACGAAGGUGAUAGAGGAAAUUGGUCUUGGUGAAAUCACAAACAAAGAAGAGGUGCUGGCGAGAUUGUCCCCAAACAACAUUCUGUACCAGGGUGGGGGCACCCACACCGCUAAUGCCUUGCAUCGUCUCUGGGACAGAGUCUUUGUUCCGGGGGUCAUGAGACCGGGAGUCUCCCAUAUCGCGAUAGUCCUCACGGACGGAAUGUCUUACAACAUGGCAAGGACCAAACAGGAAGCCAUGGAAGUCAAACGAAGGGGAAUAACAGUGUUUGUUAUCGGAAUAGGAGGCAAUGAGAGCGUCGACACACAAGAACUGAGAGACAUAGCCAGUGAACCAACUGAGAACUACAUGUUCCAGAUCCGUAACUUUGAUGCGCUGAACUCAAUCAAAGCCAAACUUGCCUACAAAGCAUGCAAACAGGCCCCUGUCACCACUCCGGCCCCCACACCCCCACCGGUGAUGAAUGAUAGCGGCGACAGAGUGUGUGUUCCAAGGAGUCCUGUGAAUAUGGUAUUUGGCUUUGAUAUAUCAGCUAUUGGAACGGAGAAUACCAAUUUCAUCCUCGAGUUCAUCCACAAUUUAUUCGCUGAGUUUUCACAGAUGUCACAGCGCAUGACCGUCUCGGUGAUCUCCGGUAGUAGAUGUGGUCAUACAGAUCGCCGAGGCGAAGCCUUGAUUGACAAUGUACACAGCAUGGACGAAAUAGACCGUCAACUUAACUUCCUCUCCGCCACCGAACCCUUCAACAGCACAAUGAAGAAGAUGCGCCUCAAUUUAAGAAAACCGCCAGGAGGAAAGUGGGGGUCCUCUUUUUGGACAAAGAACUGCAAUCCUCUGAACUUUUAAAAGCAAAGAAAGAGAAAAGAUAUAUGGUCUUCCAAGGAAUUGACUUCUACAUUAUUGGUGUUGGAGACAGAGUGAUCCCUAGUCAAGUAGUAAACCUGACUAAAGGCGGCAACAGCUUCUUCCACAUAGACCGAUAUGAAAUGAUAAAUGACCUCAGAGAUGAAUUGUUAUGUGCAAUAUUCUAAAUUCUGAUUCAUCCAGAGCUGUAAAUAUUAACUUAUUUAACAGUAGGGAAUUCGGGUAGGUUUCUACCCGGUAAGAAUGACGUCAUCAGUUUUUGAGAUGUACGAAUCUUUUGGAAGCGAUGAAUAUCAUCAUCAGUAUACCCAUACUGUUUGAUGGCUGGGAUUACUAGCAUUGAAUCUAAUCUUAUCUGUUAGAUAUGUAGAUUUUUUGUUUUGAAUAAAAUAGUCUUCAUAAGUCA